AUGGAGUGUAAUGUAGCUAUCUAUGUCCCUACUAAGUCACGAUGGGGGCUGUGUGGCUUAUUCUGUAUACUAACAGGUAGCGGUAAGACACUCGCAUACCUGGUGCCGCUGAUCAAUCGGCUGAGAGACGAGGAGAUGAAGUUCGGAACUACCAAUAGAAACAACAGGCCUCGCGCGGUCGUCAUGCUGCCCAGUACGGAGCUCGCAAUUCAGGUGCAUGAUGUCUUGAAGGAAUUGUGUCACACAGCCCGAUUAGGCGUGAAAGGGCUGUACGGUGGUUGUAAGCAGAAGCGAAUCGACGAAGCACUCGACGCGGGGGGCGUGGAUGUUCUGGUCACCACACCUGGUUUGUUGCAG